GUCAAGGUUUUUUGAUACGUUUCCGGCAGGACGUGUAGGUUUUCGAAAAUGUCUAGGGGUGGUUUAUCGGAACAUUUAAACGAAAAUGAAUUGGAUUUGUCCAUGUUACAAUACGAAGUUGUUCCGGUUGCAGUAAAAAAGGCUACUCAACUAGAUUUAUCGGCUAAUUCUAUUAGAGAAUUACCGCAAACUUUUGCUUCAAGCUUAACAAGACUAGUCAAAUUGGACUUGAGUAAGAAUCGCUUGGAAAUUCUGCCCGAUAAUAUAAAUCUAUUGCAGAACCUGCAUACGCUAGACUUAUAUGCUAAUCGUUUAACUUCGUUACCCGUAUCUAUUUUUGAAAUGAAAAAUUUAAAGUGGUUAGAUUUGAAGGACAAUCCUUUGAAUGCUGAGCUAAAAGCUGUCGCCGGUGAUUGCCUUGAUAAGAAGGAGUGUGAAAGGUGCGCAAAAGACGUUCGAGAAUAUUAUGCGAAUGUUAACGUUGAAUUAGAAAAGAAGAAAGUCAAAAAAUUGAAAAAAGAGAGGAAGAGAGAAGCUCUUAGAAAUAGGUUGGAAGAAGAGGAAGCUAAAAAGAAGAAAGAAAUUCAAAAAUUAGAAAAAGAACGUAGGAGACAAGAGUUCCUACGUAAAAAAGAAGAAAAUACGAAAUCUGAAGAGAAAAAUAACAAGGAUGUUACUGAAAAUGAAACAAAGACUGAGAAAGAUACCAAUUCUGAUCAGCCCAAGAUAAAACCUUCAAAGAGAAAUAAUUCUGAAAGUUUUACACUGAAAUCGAUAUUUGUUAUCUUUCUGGUGGCGUUAAUUUCACUUCUAGUUAGCCUUUGGUUCUACUGUAGUAAUUACAAUGAUAUUCUCUGUACGGAGGGAAAAUAUUGGAUAGAAAUGUAUUGGAAGAAAUUGCAAUUGAAAUUGAAAUAA